CACUGACUCAUCGGAGAAAUGUAAACAUGUCGGACGUGAAGGCAGACGACACAGGCGGAGGUGACUGCAAUAACCCCAGUGAUGCACACACUUGCAAGAUCGUUAUUAUUGGUGCUGGCAUGGCAGGAUUAUCUGCAGCUAACCACUUGUUGAAAAAUAAUAUAAAUGAUUUCGUUAUACUCGAAGCUAGGAACAGAGUUGGGGGAAGAAUCAUCGCAAUUACUAUAGAUGGCCGGAGAAUGGAACUAGGAGCCAACUGGAUACAUGGUAUAUUAGGCAAUCCAAUCUAUGAGCUGGCCUCCUCGCAUGGACUUGUAAACAUUAUCCAAGAGAAUAAACCACACAAUGUUGUUGCUACACUUCCAGAUGGAAAGAGAGUACCAUUCCAGAUAUUGGAGGAGAUUUACGAUGCAUACUUCUGGUUCUUCAAGCGGUGUGAAGAGUAUUUCUUGUGCAAGUAUCUCCCCCCUGAUGGUGUUGAAAGUGUGGGGGCUCAUCUUAAACUGGAGAUAUCCAUAUAUCUGGAACAGUUUCCAGAGCAUGAAAGACACAUUAGAAAUCUUAUAUUUAACUAUCUCCUCACCCGUGAGACUUGUAUCAGUGGGUGCGAUUCGAUGGAUGAAAUUGAUUUAAUGGAAAUUGGUAGUUAUACAGAACUCCCAGGAGGUAAUAUUAUUUUGCCAGGAGGUUACAGCAGUAUUCUUGGUCCACUUACUAAAGAUAUCCCUGAUGGGCAUCUCUUGAAAGGGCAUCCAGUAAUGUCCAUCAGAUGGAGAGCAGGGUUGGAGGGGUUUAACACCACAGAUUCUGGAUUGGGAGAAGAUCUUACAAACAAAUCCUUAGUGAACUCUGAGGUUCACCUUCCUGGAUGCAGGAGUGGACAUGCUUCUGUAGUUACCUCGCCAUCCAGGAAAAUUCGCCCUAAGGUGGAAGUGAUUUGUAAAAAUGGCAAGAAAUUUUAUGCUGAUCAUGUGAUAUGUACUAUUCCAUUGGGAGUGUUAAAGGAAAGUGGAAAGACACUAUUUGAUCCUCCACUACCAGAUUAUAAGUUAGAUUCUAUUAACAGAUUAUGUUUUGGUGUAGUGGACAAAAUAUAUUUAGAAUAUGAAAGACCAUUUUUAAAUCCUGGUCUAUCAGAAGUACUAUGUUUAUGGGACCCAAUAGACCACAAAGAACCAGUGAGUGAGCGUUGGUUUAAAAAGAUUUACUCUUUUACGAAGGUAACUGAAACACUUCUCCUGGCAUGGAUCUCAGGAGACGAAGCCAAGUAUAUGGAGACACUACCAUUUGAUGUUGUGUCGGAAAAGUGUACAGAAAUCCUUCGUCAGUUUCUGAAUGAUCCAUUCAUACCAAAACCUAAGAGAUGUAUCAACACAACUUGGUGGUCACAGCCAUUCACGAGGGGUUCAUACACUGCUGUGGGAGUGGGAGCAUCACAAGUAGACAUUACCAAUGUCUCCCAUCCCCUAUACAUGCAGCCCACCUGUAGUAAGCCAGCAGUUUUAUUUGCGGGUGAACACUGCCAUCCAAGCUUUUACUCAACGGUCCAUGGAGCAUACCUUUCUGGCCGUGAUGCCGCUCAGGUACUGUGUGUGCCUGAUACUCCUCCUGAAGUGGUCCUGGAUGUUGAAGGCACAGCUGAUUUAUCCUCAUGGCUAGAGGGCAUUUCUCUUACUUAAUUUUAUUAUAUAUCAUGUGAUUUUAAUAUGUAUAGGUUUAUGUAAAGUUAAUCUUGUAAGAAUUGCAAAUACUGUACAUUACUGGUUGUAGAGGAAUAUAUUAUUUGAGUAGUAUUGUAAACCAAACUACCAAAAGACAUGGUGUGUUUUUAAUGUGUAUUUUUUAUGAAUGCAGACUUCAGACACUAUUAUAAAUUGAAGAACUUCUGACCAUGAAACAAAAUAAUUAUCAAUUUCCUUCAAAUUAGCAAUAUGAUGCUAAAUGUGCUGUCAUACAAAUACUGCAGCAGAGCUCAAGGAAUCAUUUUAAAAAUAUAGCGAUUCUGUGAAAUGUUAUCUAAGUUUUGAGUAAUGCUGUUAAUAAGUGUUAUUAUAUAACCUUUUUUAAACAUUUGUGAAAGCACACAAACCUGACUUUAGUUAAGCUUUCCAUGGGGCUAUGGAACUUGUAAUUGCUAUAUAGUAUAUUGAUUUCUGAGUGUCAUGCUGUAAGUAACUUCUAGUGCAGGUUUUACCAUACUGUAGUGAAUAUAUACAGUGAACCCUUAUAUAAUAAGGUAGUUAUGUUCCUGGAUAAAAGGGCUCAUUUUAUAAAACUGCUCUACUGUAUAUAUAUAUAUAUUGAACAACAAAUGGGAAAGUUUGGAUUAUAUUCCCAAACAUGGUAAGAUUGUACAUUUGAGAAAGUGUUUUUAUUAAUUAAUUUAAACAUUGUGAAUUGUUGGCAUAUUGAAGAUGAUAUAGGUGAUGGCUGUGGAAUGUUGUUGCUGUUGUGAGGGAAUGCUGACAGUAGCUAUGGCUGCACUAAAUUCCAUGGACCAGUCUUACCAUGCAGGUGCCAUCUGCUAUUCUUCUGCACAUUAUGCCAAUCGGCUCCAAAAUGAUCUGUCUGAUAUGAGUCCUGUGCUCUUGCUGGCUCUGAUCUCUUCAUUGGCAGUGACCAAAACUCAAUUAUUAGAUUAUUUAUUCUAAGAUUAAUAAUUAUUAUUAAUUAUUAAGCUUAAAUUAUUCACACCUAGUCUCCAGGACUUUAUGUUCAGUUUCUUUUGGUUUCAUUGUCUGCAGACAUGUUUGAACCACCUCCAGGAGUUCACUUGGAUGCUCUUGCUGUUUGCUGGCCUCUUCCUUUUCAUCCUCUCUUUUAUUGAGUAGGCUGUUGAUUCGGAUGAUGGGGAAUUUUAAGGAGCACCCAGCAUGGAAAUUUCUCCUGAAGGAGCCUCUUGCCAGGCUCUUGCGGGCAUAGAAAAAAAAAGACUUCACUAGUGAACUUCUUUGUUAGAAAAAAUUUCCAGAACACACAGGUAAUGACCUAGACAUUCUAGUGUCCAUGCUGUAAGAGAAGCACCGAACCCACCCAACCCAUCCUAACCAUUCACAGUAAAGAGAAGAACACAGUAGAGCACCAUACACUUGACCAAUGGAUUGGAAGAAUGCUCUUUACAACAAAUUUUGCCUAGCACUAAUGCUUUGUAUCACUUGGUUCUUACCAAACCUCUCCUGUUUGGUUUCUUGUUGGAUCUGGCUUAACACUCUUCGCUCAUGCUUGCAAUGACUUUCUUUCCUGUUCAUUUGGUCAACUUGCCAUUGCAACCAACUUGGUGCCCAGAUCAACUGCUCUUUUCUUCUUUUUAUGUCUGUAGAUUUUCUACAUUAGUGAAUAUCAUGUUAAAGGCAGUGUUGUUCGUGGGUUUAUUCAUUAGGACCAUGUGGGUGAUCUGAUUGCUGUGCAUCAAGGGCAAGGAUUUUUGUGGAGAAAAUCAGUAGGAGUCGUGAGGAGGAUUAUAACCAGUUGCAUGUACAACUCUUCUCUGAGUUUGGAGCCCUAGAGGAUUCAUUGGAAUCCCAGGUUGGAAGUCUUAUGACCAUAUUGUGGUGUAGUUGUCUGAGGUGUUUAUUUGGGAGUACCCAGCACAUAGGUUCGAAUCCUCAUGGCUCCUACAGAUUUUCUCAUUGAUAUAUCAUAUUAAUGUGAUUUUUUAAUGCAAGGUGUGGCACGGCAUUUUCCCCUCCUAGCUGUACCACUAUCACUGAGGGGUACUUCUGUCACAUAGAGUGAGGGUCACACACAUGACCUUGUACCCUGUGAGGAGUGGAGUAAGGCCAGUGGUCCCCUAGGUCACAGUCUCUUCCCACCCGUCAGUGCACAGAGCUCAGUAUCUUCGACCUAGCCCCCCACAAAAAAUAACUCUCAAGGUUGCCAACCUGGCUAGCUCACACUGCCGCUACCAGAUAAACUUCAUUGUUGUGGUACUUGCUUGGUCCCAGCUCUAGCUUAGAUGGUAGAAAUCAUACUCCAUCAUAAGCCCAGGUAAUGAGUUUACAAAGUGAAGAUGGGGUCUUAAUACCAAACGCAAUAAAAAUGACAUUUGUUUACUGAAAUAGUUUUUACAUUGCUGGUGGCCAACAAAAUUCUGAUGAUAGGUACAUUAUGGCAACACUCCGAAAUUUGUAGCAAUAAAUGGCAACUGCCUAAGAUCCUCUCCACUGCAAAUUGGAGCACCACAUGUUAUGUCUUCACUUUUAAUACACUGAUGAUCAACUAAAUCACAACAUUGGAUACUAGUAAGUGAACUUUAGCACAAACACAUUCUUAACGAACUUAUUGUUACAUUGUUUUCUAUAAUAAUAACUGGUUGCCUUGACCAUCUGUAUCAGAUAAACUACAGUAUACAGAAAAUAUCACCACUUGAGUAUACAUAGGAGUAUAUGUAUGUGAGUAUACUCCCUCAUGAAAAAUUAAUAAAGUAAACUCAUAUAAUUAGUAGAGCAACACAAUGAAUAGCCUAGCACAAGGGGUAUGGGUUGGGGAAUUGAUCUACCUUAGAUGGACUGUAGAUGCAAUGCUCCCAUUUCAGUUGACUGUUGUAAGUGGCAGAAUAGUCACCAGGGCAUCUUCUUGAUCCUGAUUGAUCAUCUCCAAUCGUCCUUAUUGAAUCACAGUGGUAGGAUCAACAGAAGGUUCCAGAUGCUCUUUGCUCCAAAUGCACUGGUCUAUCUUGGCUUCCCCCAUUGCAGAGUGCUGUUCCUGAAGACUACACUCAACCAGGUUCCCUCCCCAUUCCUUGACCAGGACCACUGUUUGUCUCAAUUCACUCCAAACCCCAGCAGGGAUUCAGAGGUCACUCAGUUGGCCUUUCCAACCUGCCCUCUCCUGGUAGACAGGUAGACUAAUGCACCUUGAAGUCCAACUUCCUGUAGUUUGGGCACUCCUGAAUUCUUCUCGGGCAGUUACUCGACAUCCCCAUUGCCUUCGACUUUGAUUUCUACCAGCUAGCAUGCACCUCCACAGGCAAGACUGCUUUUUGCUGGAGAGACAAAUGGUGUGUCCAACCCUGGCAUUCACUAGGAGUGAAGAGAUACUGUUUCUUCCACUCACGAUGCGGGUGGUGACCUCAUGUCAUGCGACUGUGUAUUGGACGUGCUUCCAGCGGCCAGCCAAUCACAAUUACUGUUUUCCUGGAGACCUAGUGUCCUCGUUUCCAGUUUGCUGUUGGUGGGAAAUGGUUCGUUCUGAGCUUGGGUGUGUCAGCCAUCAUGCCUCCCAGGUUGGGCUUCUUACCCGCCUUCACCCAGCUUGCAAAAAACACACAAAAUUCGGGGUUCAUUCUUUACCUUAAAUGUAACUAAAUAAAACUAUGGGGCUUCUAUACUCUGUACAGGGGGAUUAUGACUCUUAUAGGUAGGAGAGAAGUGUAUCUUGCUGGUACACAUAACAAAUGGUCUUUGUUGUUUGACCCUAGGGAAUAAAGCUUGAUAGAUUGUGGUUCCAGCCCUUGUCCUCUGGUCAUGUACAAACUAACUUUGGCUUUCAUGCCUCUUCUUCGAACAUUGCUGUGGGGUACAGGUCAUGGUGACCUGAUAUUACCUUUGGUCUUUGCUAUUUUUACACAUUUUGUGAUGGAGAACACUUUGACAACUGGUUUACUUCUGCUUUGUACAGUUUGAAGAUUCUCUUAAGGGCUCUUUGAUCCCAUAGGCCAUCAUUCUUGCCACCAACAUUUUCCUGUUGAGUUUGAGACUAUUCUUGCCCAUAGGUGUGUUUUUUACUGAAUGUAUGUGGUGCCUAAUUAUAACUUGCAACUUAUAUGGCAGUGGCCAAGCUUUAGCUUCACAUGCUGGUAUGCUAGAGCUGAAGGGCUCUGCUCUCAGUUAGUAAGGUGGUUUUGCUGGAUCUCUUCCCUCUAAGGAAGCAUAUAACCUGUCUUGCUGUAGGUUCUUAGAUGCCAAAUGGUUUGAGUCUAGUUUAAACUUUGCUCAUGGACUCUAAUAACAGUUUGUGUCUCACCUGCUCGGUGUCUGCUUCCCUUCCCUCUCCUUAUUCUGAGAUUCGCAAGAGACUUCAGUCUUGUCUCUCAUAGACAUUUGCUGGACUGGAGUUUCAUUCCUACUAUUUCCAAGGAGUGUGUGAGUGUGUUUGGGGGAUCCGAGCUUUAGCUGGAGUUUUCUCUACCUCCCUGAGUUUGUAAGUGGGUUUUUUACCUCAGGAAAAGUGAGGGGCAUCCAAUGAAUGGUCUUCAUAUGUUCUGGUCUGGGUUUUGUACCUUAUCCAAGGUCAACCAUGGAUUUUGGAUCUACUUUUUAAGUGUCCAUUCUGGUUAAUGUUACAGCACUUCUGACAUGUAGUGGUAUUUGAACUCAACUAGGGUCUUCAUCAAUCUUUAAGUGUAAUUACCUAAAUGUAGUUACAGGAUGAGACCUACGCUCAUGGUGUCCUGUCUUCCCAGCACUCUGUCAUAUAACGCUUUGACAUUACUGAUGGUUUUGGCCUCCACCACCUUCU